AAACACUGUUAUAGACUAUAAUUUCUUUGUUCUCACACGUCUUACGCAGGGAAGGCUUCACCCCGUCGGCAGCAUCCCGUCCCAAACGGGCCCCCCUGACGGACAUCGAGGGAGGAACCUGAGGCUGGGCCUGAGAUGGGAUAAGGACCCCCAUGGCCUCCAGGAAAGCAAUCCCAAAAGAGCGGGGUGCCCCCCUGGCCCUGCAUCUCCCAGUCCAGUCUGCAAGAGAGAAGGGGGUCAAAAUGGAGGAGACAGCCUGCGCCAAGCAACCUGAGGGAGCCCAGAAGGGGCCCUGUGUCGCCCAGGCUGGUGGCCCCAGGGAAAUGCUGAGAUGGGGGACCCCGCCGCAGAUCAAGCAGGAGCCGGAUGAGGGCUUGGCCCAGCGCUGGGAAGCCCAGUGGCAGGAUUUCUUGAAGAUGGUCCAGGCCCCACAUCCCGGCUGGGGGAGCCCUCCAUUGCCCGAGCUCGUCGCUUUUAGUAACUCCAAAGGCUUCCCCCCCUCUGGCGGGGCGACCCCGCAGCUCUUUGGCUGGAAAGUGAAGGAGGAGGUCUCUGAGGAAGAGGCCGGGAACGCAGAGACCCAGAGGCAGCGGUUCCGGUAUUUUUGCUACCAGGACGCCGAGGGUCCCCGUGAGGUCUGUGACCGUCUCCGGGAGCUCUGCCACCGGUGGCUGAAGCCAGAGAGGCACACCAAGGAGCAGAUCCUGGAGGCCCUGGUGCUGGAGCAGUUCCUGGCCGUCCUGCCCCCCGAGAUCCAAGGCUGCGUCAGGGAGCGGGGCCCAGAGACUUGCGCCCAGGCGGUGGCCCUUGCGGAGGGCUUCCUUCUAAGGCAGAAGGAGGCCCAGCGACCUCGGCAAACGGAUCAGGGUUCCUUUGAGGAAGUGACGGUGAACUUUCCAAGGGUGCAUCAGGUCUGCCUGGGGUCCUCUCGAAAGCUAGCAGGGGGCAGGCUGCUGAACGAACAGGAGCGGACAACUCUCUGGGCCCAGGAUUACCUAGAGCGAGAGGCCGCCAGCAGGACGUCACUCCCAAAGAACCAGGACGGCCUCUUGCCACGUCCCGGACUGGGCAAAAUUUCUGAGAGCGAGCUGAAGCCCGAAAGGUCUCCAGGCCCCCUCCCGACCAAGAGAGGGUCAGAGUCGAUCCCUUGCAGAGUGGGCUACAAAGACCUCGGCGGGAUCCUGUUUCAGGAGAGGGUCCAAGAGAGCCAGCGGCAGAAGCGGUGUGUGGUUCUCCGCCGGCGGAUCCAUACCGAGGAGCGGCUCUACAAGUGCCAGGAUUGCCGGAAGAGCUUUGACCACCGUUCCCACUUUGUCCGCCACAAGAAGAUCCACACGGGCGAGAAGCCCUUCCGGUGCGCCGACUGUGGCAAGAGCUUCAACCGCAACUCCAACCUCACCACACACAUGCGGACCCACACAGGUGAGAAGCCGUACAAGUGCUUGGACUGUGGCAAGAGCUUCCGGUGGAGCUCGGAUUUCAUCGUCCACGAGCGGACCCACACCGGGGAGAAGCCGUACAGCUGCGCUGACUGCGGGAAGGCCUUCCGCCGCAGCUCCAACCUCACGGCCCACGAGCGGACCCACCGGGGCGAGAAGCCCUACAAGUGCUUGGACUGUGGGAAGAGCUUCACCCGCGGCCUGUACCUGAUUGCGCACAAGAAGACGCACUCGGGGGAGUGAGCUGGCACUCUCCGGGGGGGAGAGAGGGGUGCGGUGGCACGUCCACCUUGGACUAAUUCUGGGGAGGAGACCAGUUCAUCCAGCCUCCGAUCUGAAUCGCAUCCCCAGCAGUUGGGGAGGGCUGCGGUGGGGAACAAAAUGGUUACUCCUGUGUUUGGUUGGUGGGCUUCUCAAAGCCUCUGGGUGACCACUGCCAGACGAGAUGCACGGUGGUCCCAUCCAUGCCAGACUGGCCUGCUGAGGUUGCAAAAAAAGUCAGCUGGAACUGCACUCUGGCGCAUGAUCCCUCUGGCGAAUCCUUUGCCGCAAGCCCACUUGAUCCGCUCUGGUG